CUUUAGCAUACAUAUAGGAGCCCUGGCUAAACCUGUCGGCAAUACGUUAUUGUGUUUUGUAAAAGAGUGAGUUCAGUGAGUGACCUUGGUAGUUUUUCCUACCCGAAGAACUACGUUUCAAUUAAUUUAUCUUAAGAAUAAGAUAUCUGAAGAAGAAAAUUAAAAGAGUCUUUGGAAGCAUUGUAUUCAACGAGACGAGCUAGACAGAGAAAAAAUGAAGAGCCUACUUGCGAUUUUCGUCCUCGUCAGUUUGCUGGCGUUUGCGCACUGUUUCCCAGGUCUUCCACGAGAAAACGUUGAAGAUGAGGGAGAUGGUAGACCAAGGACCCACCAAGUCGAGCUAAUUUAUCCAGAACCGAAAAAUUUUGAUAAUGAUCGUGAUACCUUUGGCUUAUUCCCCUUCAGUUUCAAUUGGCGUCCAAUUCGAUUCGAUUUUAGUCCACGAUUCGGUAGUUUAAGGGAUCUCAUGAAAAUGAUGACUGAUUUGUUCAAUGAUGUACCAAGCUUUGAUGAUAUGAAACCAUUUGGUGGUAAAAUUCCAGAAGGUGCCAAUACAACAUCAAUAACAAAGAUAGUUGAUGGCAAUGUCGUAACAGUAAAUGAAACAACAUACACUGAUAGCAACGAUAAUAGUGGAACCUUUAUCCGAGUUCGAGUAGUUCAUAUCAAGCCUGAAAACGAAACAACACUUCCAAGUGGAGGUUACGAUGGUAACGUUGAUGUUGGUGGUGGUGAAGAAAUUGAGGAAACUACAAACACCAGAACAACUGCAUCAUCUACUCAAGAAGAAACAACACCAGCAAGAAGUGUUGAAACAGUCGAGGAAUUCGGAAAUGAAAUCCCUCGAUCCCAAGCUGAUGUUCUUCAGGCUUAAAAAUGUAUUGAUAUUAUUUGUUUAUAUUUUUAUUUUUUAAUAUGUAGAAGCUAGUAUUGAAAAUAAAUAUUAUAAAAAUUUUCAUAUACUGGAAAAAAUUGUGAUAAUGAAUCUACGUAAUGGAGUUUUAAAAUUGUACUGUUAUUGUUAAGAAACCAUAAUAAAUUUGAACAGUUUUUUAUCUUGUUGUGUACAGGUAUUUUAUAAUAAAUAUUUAUUUACAACGAGA